CAGCAGAUCACUGAUCAAUGGAAAGAGCUGAAGAUGUCGGCUCAGGCAUGUGAUCAGCUGUGUCCAAUCACAGCUGAUCACUGAUCAUCAGGGCACUGAUGAUCAGUGUUCCCUGAUGAUCUGUGUAGCCCCAGCAGUGCCACCUAUCAGUGUCCUUCAGUGCCAGCUGUCAGUGCUCAUCCAUGCCACCUGCCAGUGCCCAUCAGUGUAACAUCAAUGCCACAUUUCAGUGCCUACCAGUGCACAUCAAUGCCACAUAUCAGUGCCCAUCUGAGCUGCCUUUCAGUGUCACCCAUCAGUGCAAGCCAGUGCCACCUAUCAAUGCCAGUCAGUGCCACCUAUCAGUGCCAAUCAGUGCUGCCUAUCAGUGCCAGUCAGUG